AUGGCUCUCAAGAGGAAGAUGGACUUCGACGACGAGACCGUCCAGGCCCCCGUUCGGGCUAAGCAGCAAAAGCUCAUCCCUUUCCCCAACUCUGAGCCCGACAACGAUGUGGCCAUGACCGACGCGUCCGUGUAUCAACUUGAGCCCCUCCUCAUCCCUAUGCAGCCCUUCCACACACGUCUCCCUUCUGAUGCCAGCUACUCAUCCUCGACUGCCGGUGACUCUCCGCGCAUCUCCCCUGCUUACCCGUCUUUCGACCUCUACCCAGCCGACGACAACGGCUUCAACAGCUUCGACUCUCCCGUCUCCGAAGCGUCUGGAUCCGUUGGUCUUCUUCAGCCCAAGAACCCUUCCUUCACGCAUCAUGGUCAAAAAUGCUCUCAGAUCCCGAAGCUUCGUGUUGCCUGUUCACCUGGACUCAACGGCCAAAGGACCAUGUGGGCGCACUGCGAGCAAUGUGGUGCGAUUGAAAUGGUCCACACCGACUAA